AUGAGGGUUUAUCUGUCUGCACUUACCAUUGCACUGGGUUGCAUUUACUGGAGGGUCUCUGGGAAGCUAGUGGAGGUGGUGGUCAGACCUGGAGACACUGCAACGCUAUUUUGUGACCGUGAGAUUGUGGUAGGACAAGACACCCAUUGGGUCAAGAUCUGCUCUUCACAAAUCCUACCACCUCUGAUUGUUUCUGCACAAAAGACGCUUUUACUCCCAAUUUCUCGAUUCUCUGUGAUCUGGAACAAUAUUUCAAAAUCUUUUGACUUGAUCAUAGAGAAUAUCACUGAUGCAGACCUUGGAUUGUACUAUUGCUCAACGGUAGAGAAACGGUUUAUCGUACACAACAGACUACCAUUUGAGAAGGAGGUGUAUCACACCGGUGACACUCUCACAAAGCUUACCUAUGCAGGUUCAGAUAAUAAUGAAUGUUCAGGUUCAUCUGAAACCAGCCUUGACUCUGUCAGUGAGUGUCGGCAUUGUUGGUUGAUUCUGCUGACAGUGUGCCCAGCUUGUUCUCUUUUCUCAGCAUCACUGGCUUUUCUUUGUGGUAAGAGGUGCAACCACAAAAAAGUGUUUAAGAAGUCUAGAGGUCUUUCAAACACUUCUGAGAUGCAAAGACAGGAACAGAUCCAGGAACAGGAUGACAUUGAAGAAAUUUGCUACACAUCACUGAACAUCCCUAAGCAAAGAAGCAAACUGAAGAGAAACGACCGAAUUCCAAAUGCUGAUAACAGUGUGUACAACGAUAUUAAAAUAGCCCAAUAAGAGAUGUAGAACAACGUUUUACAUAAAAACAGCGAUACAAGCCUGAUCACCUUCUGAAGUGUAUUUUGCAAUAAUGCAUCCAGUUAUUACAUGUAAUGUAAAGUAGAGGAACGAGACAGUAAGGUAAUAACAAUGACAUUGAUGUAUUUUAAGAUAUGUCAGUCAAAU